GUUUUUCCAAAAAACUUUAUCGGAAUGGACCGAUCUCGUUCAACGAAAGGCAGCUGGAGCGGGGUGUCACCUCGGAAUUGCCAAAUUGCAUUUCGCCAACCGAUGCCUGAAUUCCGGGAACCGCAUGUAUAAAUACGGCCGCGAUUCAAUUGCGGGGGAGAGGUCAAUGAUUCUGCGCGCCAUCUGACCCCCGACCGCGCGGAAAUGGUCGGCACGUCGCCUUCCGAUUCGUCUUCGCUUCCAGGUUCUGCGACGCAAGACAAGAGUCGGAAAUGGCGGUUGUCACCAUUGGAUGUCGCAUAUCACUUUGGCACCAGUGGGCUAUCUGUCGCGGUUGCCACCGGGGUGACCCACCCUUUAGAUGUGCUCAAAGUUAGGCUACAAAUGCAACUUGUUGGCCAGAGAGGUCAGUUGACUGGAAUGGGCCAAGUAUUCAUUCAAGUGUUGAAGAAUGAAGGGCCACGUUCAUUGUAUCUUGGAAUGACACCUGCACUAACACGAUCACUUCUUUAUGGGGGCCUCCGCUUGGGCUUGUAUGAACCCUCUAAAUAUGUCUGUGAUCAGGCAUUUGGGUCCUCCAAUAUUUUUGUUAAAAUAGCGUCUGGAGCAUUUUCAGGUGCUAUUGCAACAGCUAUGACCAACCCAGUUGAAGUCAUAAAGGUGCGGUUACAAAUGAAUUCAGGUUCGACAAAAGCUGGGCCAGUCCGAGAAAUGCGCAAGAUUGUGUCUGAAGAGGGAGUAAAAGCUCUCUGGAAAGGGGUUGGCCCUGCUAUGGCUAGAGCUGCUGCUUUGACUGCAUCACAGCUGGCAACAUACGAUGAAUCCAAGCGGAUUUUGAGGAGAUUGACACCUCUAGAGGAAGGAUUUAAUCUACAUCUGAGCUCAAGUAUAGUCGCAGGCAUGGUGAGUACUCUCAUGACAGCACCAAUGGACAUGGUUAAGACCCGUCUCAUGUUGCAACGGGAAUCUGAGACUCUGGGGAGAUACAAAAAUGGAUUUCAUUGUGCAUAUCAGGUCAUUCGUACAGAAGGCUUUAGGGCUUUAUACAAAGGGGGAUUUGCAAUUUUUGCUAGGUUAGGUCCCCAAACCACAAUUACCUUUGUACUUUGUGAGAAGCUCAGGGAGGUCACUGGACUAAAGGCACUUUAGUCGCGCAAUAGCCUAUACCGAAGAAACGCCACCCUUCAACUUCAUACAAAUAUGUAGCCACUGCUGUCUAGCUGCCUUAUUCCGAAGAAAACGAUGGCGAAAGACGAUUUUUUUUUCAAGAUUUUUUACCUCCUCUUAAUCUGGAGAGGGGACAUAAGUUCAUUUUUUUUUGGGAGUCAGAAUCAAGUGGGUUCCCAAUCAGAAUGGCAUACAUCUCAGACUAUAUUGUUGUUGAUCAAGGUCCAUAUAUUUCAUUCCUCUCACUGAUUUUUUUGUACAAUUGUACGUUGCGCCAACAUCCGGCACAAACGCGAUGAACAUUGCUGUAAUAUUUUUCUUUGGCACCUUUGUGACUAUCGUGUAUUACUUGAUGUCUGAAUAAUGUCAAUGGCGAAUCACAUCAUGUUUAUGACUC